UUUCGAAAGUUCGAGCGGCCGCGGCUGUGUGAGUUCCAUUUAGGAACCAUCUCUGCGGUUCCAAGGUUUCGCCUGAAAUACUCCCUGCUCACAGACACCGGAAUUAUUCAUUUAGAGCGGAGGAAACAGCAGCGGUCACCCAAACAGGAAGAAUUUAAAGCCGGGUUGCAGCACCAGAGCAAUGAUGCCUUCGUCCAUCCGAUCAGACGCGGGGGAAGAAUUAGAAUCUUUUUUUUUAAGGUUUCCUGAUCUGGAUUUGAAAGAUACAGACUCUAUUACUCCCAUCAGCAACCUCAAAGCAGAAUUAGAUGCCAGCAUGAGGAAGAAGUAUACAUUUGCAAAGAAAAAGGCAUUUGCCCUCUUUGUCAAAGCAAAGGAAGUUCCUUCAUGGACCGGCGGCCCUUCCUCCAACAGUAGAGGAGUGUCAUGGAAAUGUUGCAGACAGAGAUUUAAGGACCGAACCAGCAUUCAUAAACACGUAGCUGCACUACACACCAGCGACAUUUUUCAGCAGACUGCCUCAGUUUUAAAGCAACUGGCUGAUGAGACUGGCUCUUCAAGAAGCUGUGUUUCUGCAGGCGAGAUAAAUCAGCCAAGUGAACCCCUCAGGUCUGCUAGCCGUGAGGUGUCCAUCGGGAUUCCUGACCUAGGCUGCGUUACCUCUGAUGAACUGACAAGUGCAGAUGGCAAUAAUCAAGGAGAGGUGCUGUUAUUUUAUUGUUACUGUGAAGUAAAGGAUCCUGAGCAGAUAUAUGCCUGGCAAAAGACUUUGUGCCAGUGUCUGCACCUCACAGGAAAGGUGCGAAUUGCUACUGAAGGAAUAAAUGGAACGGUGGGUGGCAGCAAAAUAGCAACCAGUCUUUAUGUGGAGGCGAUGCUCUCCUAUCCCUUGUUUAAAAAUAUCUUAAGUAAAGAAGAUUUCAAGACCAGCAAAGGAGGAGCCUACUGUUUUCCAAACCUUCGAGUUGGAGUAUUUGAAGAAAUUGUGCCCAUGGGUAUUAGUUCCAACAAGAUCUCCUACAAAGAACCUGGAGUCCAUUUAUCGCCGGGUGAAUUUCAUAAGGAAGUAGAAAAGUAUUUAUCUCGGGCUAAUCAAGAGCAAAAUGACACCAUUUUAUUGGACUGCAGAAACUUUUAUGAAAGCAAAAUAGGACAUUUCCGGUGCUGCCUGGCUCCAGACAUAAGGAAGUUCAGUUAUUUCCCCAGCUAUGUGGAUAAAAACCUAGAACUUUUUAAAGACAAGCGAGUGUUGAUGUACUGUACUGGAGGAAUCCGUUGUGAAAAGGGCUCAGCCUACCUCAAAGCUAAGGGAGUUUGCAAGGAAGUGUACCAGCUGAAAGGCGGCAUCCACAAAUACCUGGAAGAGUUUCCAGAUGGCUUCUACAGAGGGAAAUUGUUUGUUUUUGAUGAACGUUAUGCUCUCUCUUCCAGUAAUGACAUAGUUUCAGAGUGCAGAUACUGUGGAACGCAGUGGGACCAGUAUAAACUUUGCUCCACUGUACCUUGCCACCAGCUUGUCCUGACCUGCUUUCAGUGCACAGAGAAAGGUCUUACAGCUUGUUGUCCUGUUUGUCAGGAAAAAGGAGUCCACCUCGCUUUAAGUCCUACUAAGAAAGUUUUCAAAGAAGAAUGUGAAUGCACAGCCAAAAGGCUCCGCAUACCAACUGAACCCCUACAGUAAAGAAGAGCCUUUUUGAUGAUGAAAAUAAUCAGCUUGAUAAAGCCAGGUAUCAAUUCUGUAUUUUUCAGGUCUCACCUGAGUGCUAAUGAUCUUAACAUUUUUCCUGUAGAAAACUUGAUUUUAAGUCUCUACUCCCAAAGAAGUUCCCAGCUUUGGAAAUAGGGGAGAAGGAAAGAAACAAUCAAUAGUAGUGGUAUUUG